ACGGUCGCGCGGCGAUGAAGUCGCGGGGGCCUCGUCUGGCGUCGCGGACUCCGGAGAUGGAGGAAAAGGAGCAAUUACGGCGGCAGAUCCGUCUCCUGCAGGGUCUGAUCGAUGACUACAAAACCCUCCAUGGCAGUGCCUCUGCCCCAGGCACCUCCGCCGCUUCCCAGUGGCAGCCGCCCACUUACAGCAGCGGCAGGGCCUUCAGUGCGCGCUACCCUCGUCUGAGCCGGAGGGGCUUCUCCCCGAACCAUGGGCCCGUGUGGCGCAAGAAAUACUCCCUUGUGAAUCGGCCCUUGGGAUCCUCGGACCCACCCGGCGACUGUGCUGCGCAGCCGCCCCCUGGGGCUGGGGGCAGCCAGGGUCCCGACCCCCAGCAGUACAUCCCGGAGAGGCAGGUCCAGCUCAGUCCGGAUCAGAACAUGGUCAUCAAGGUCAAACCACCGUCAAAGCCGGGCUCAGCUGGCACUGCAGGGGUCCUGCGGGGCUCCUUGGAAGCAUACGGGGAUCCCCCCUGGAGCAGCCACAGGCCUCAGGAAGGUGAGGGUGAGCCUGCCGGUGGGCAGCGGCAGCCCUCGAGGCCAGGAAGAGCCAAGGGGAGCUGCAGUGAGGAGGACCCCCUUCUGGUCUGCCGGAAGGAGCCUGGCAAGCCCCGGCUGGUGAAGUCGCUGAGCGCCGUGGGCAGCAGCCCCUCGGAGCCCUGGCGGACGGUCAGUGAGAGCGCAGCUGCGGCCAAGGCCCGCUUCGUGGCCCCCGGCCUGCCCCAGCGGGGCGGCACGGCCCAGGGCCGGAAGGUGGGCUCGCACUCUGCGGCCAGCUGUGGUGCACAGCUCCUUGGGGACGGGAGAGCGAACGCCGGCCAUGCAGGUCAGUCAGCUGCCUCCGGCCUGGUGGCCGGCCCAGCUAGACCUGCUGCUGGACCCAGGCAGACCCGGGAGCCCUUGCUGCUGGUGUCCUGUCGAACCAACAAGUUCCGGAAAAACGACUACAAGUGGGUGGCUGCCUCGGCGAAGAGUCCCCGGGCCCCUCGGAGGGCCCUCAGUCCCAGAGCAGUGGCGGAGAAUGUGUGCAAGGCCCCCUUUUCUGCAGCGGAACGAACGGAGAAGCCGCAGCUCAGAGCCGACCUGGAUGCCAAGCCCAGGAGGUCGGCCACAGCCUCCGUGCCUGGGGCCUCCCCGAGCAAGUACAAGUGGAAGGCCUCCAGCCCCUCGGCCUCCUCGUCCUCCUCCUUCCGUUGGCAGUCGGAGGCCGGCAGCAAGGACCAUGCCUCCCAGCUCUCCCCAGUCCCAUCUCGGUUCCCCCCAGGGGACAGACCAGCAGUGGGACCCAGCAGCUUGAAGCCCCUCUUCAGUGAGACCCCGCUCUCGGCUUACAAAGUGAAGAGCCGCACCAAGAUCAUCCGGAGGCGGGGGAGUGCUAGCCUUCCUGGGGACAAGAAGAGCAGCCCCCCACCUGCUGCCGCGGCCAAGAGCCAGUUCAGCCUGCGGCGGAGGCAGACCCUCCGGGGGAAGAGCAGCCCCGUGCUGAAGAAGACGCCCAACAAGGGCCUGAUGCAGGUCAGCAGGCACCGGCUGUGCUGCCUGCCUCCUAGCCGGGCCCACCUCCCCACCAAGGAAGCCUCCAGCCUGCACGGCCAGCGGAACCCUCCCACCAGCAAAGUGAUCAAGACUCGCUACCGCAUCGUCAAGAAGACCCAGGCCUCACCUCUCAGCACCGCCCCCGGUCCCCUGGCCCCACCCUCCUGGCGGGCACUGCGGCUCUCCCUGUCCAGGUCCUUGGUGCUGAACGGCCUGCGUACUGCUGCAGCAGGUGGGAAAGCCCAGCCCGGCUCCCCUCGGUGGCGGAACAAAGGCUACCGCUGCAUCGGAGGCGUCCUCUACAAGGUGUCGGCCAACAAGCUCUCCAAGACCUAUGGCCGGCCCGGCAGCGACGGGGGCAGCAGGCCCCUCCUGCGCGCAGGCCGCUUGGACCCUGCCAGCAGCUGCAGCCGCUCCCUGGCCAGCCGGGCCGUGCAGCGCAGCCUGGCCAUCGUGCGGCAGGCGCGGCAGAGGCGGCGGCGGCGGAAGGAGGAGUACUGCAUGUACUACAACCGCUUCGGCAGGUGCAACCGCGGCGAGCACUGCCCCUACAUCCACGACCCCGAGAAGGUGGCCGUGUGCACCAGGUUUGUUCGGGGCACGUGCAAGAAGACGGACGGGACCUGCCCCUUCUCCCACCACGUCUCCAAGGAGAAGCUGUCGUGGUAUUCAGCUCCCCCCACCCCACGCCUCUCCCCAGAAAAGUGGCUUUUCGAAGCCCCUGUGUGUCCUCUGCAGGCAGGCAGGAGUCCAGUGGGGUGUGAUGCCCGUGUGCUCCUACUUCCUGAAAGGAAUCUGCAGCAACAGCAACUGUCCCUACAGCCACGUCUACGUGUCCCGCAGGGCGGAGGUCUGCACCGACUUCCUCAAAGGCUACUGCCCGCUGGGCGCGAAGUGCAAGAAGAAGCACACGCUGCUGUGUCCCGACUUCUCCCGCAGGGGCGUCUGCCCCCGGGGCGCCCAGUGCCAGCUGCUCCACCGCAACCAGAGGCAACUCGGCCGGCGGGCAGCCACAGCCCCGGCCCCGGAGCCCAACACCACGCCCCCCAGGAGCAGGGCUUCCACCAGCCACGGGCCCAGGAAGUCCUUGGCCACCCAGCGCCCCACCAGGCAGACGUCCAGCUCCCCCACCUCCGCGGCAGCCGGCUCGGCCUCCCCGCCGCCUUCCCCACGGCUGUUAGCUGCAGCCUCGGCCUCUUCCUCCUCUGUCUCCUCCCGCCCCUCCACCCCAUCCUCCCCCUCCCGCCCCUCUCCCUCCUCCCCCUCCGCCUCCCUGCCGCUGGACCAGGAGGAGCUGUCUCUGCCGGAGGAGGCUGCCUCGGCGGGGACGGGCUCCGGCAGCCUCUGCAAGCUGCCCUCCUUCAUCUCCCUGCAGUCCUCGCCAGGCCCAGGAGGCCAGCCCAGGGCCCCGACCCCCAGGAGCAGCCCCACCAAGGACUCAGGGAAAUCGCUGCACAUCAAACCCCGUCUGUGAGGGCCCAGGGAGCCGGCCCACGCCUACCUCAGCCCUUCAUCCCUGGAGAGGAAGGAGGCUGUGCCCGCCACUGCCCCAGAGGAGGGACCGCUUGCCACAGAGCGCCCCCCGGGGGCUGCAGGGCCGUCGCUCUGCCCGCCUGACUCUCAGCCCUGUGUGAUCAGUGCCCAGGCCUCGCCUCCCUCGGGCUGGGCUCCACCCGCCCGCCCACCCCUGGGUCCUCAGCCUUGCCCUGAGGGGUGCCUGGCAGGUUCACCCCCAGGCCCGUCCCUCUGUGGGUGUGGCAGCGGCCAUGCGAUGCACGCCCCCCCCCGCCUCCCCCACCCCCCGGUCCUUCCGCAGGCCUCCCUGGCGGGCAUUUUGUGUUCAGCAAUAAAGGUUCUGUCCUGUG